GCCAUGGACGUGCACUGCGAAUGUGCGGAGCCCACCGCGGUGGGCGAGCAGCCGCCGCCCUCGGGCAAGCUCAACAAAACUGCCUUCAAGCUGUUCAAGCGGAGGAAAUCCGGGGGCGCCAUGCCAAGCAUCUUCGGCGUGAGGAGCAGCAGCAAAGGCAAAAGCGGCGAAGGGGGCGGCGGGCAGGCGGCGGGCAUGGUGCGGAGCAAGACCCACGACGGGCUGGCCGAGGUGGUGCUGGAGAGCGGCAAGAAGGAGGAACCUGGCGGCGGCGGCGGCGUGGACGAACAGUUCGGAGGCGGCGGGGCCAAGGAGUCCCCGUCGUCCUGCUCCCCCUCGGCGGCCGCGGCGGCGGUGGGCAAGUCACACAGCUUCUUUUCGCUGCUGCGCAAAAACGGCCGCGCGAGCGAAGGCGGCAAAGGCGAGAGGCCGAAAGGGCGCGGUGGGCUCAAGGGGCUCUUCAGCAGCAUGAGGUGGCACCGGAGGGACAAGCCGGGCGGCGGCGGCGCGGGCGGCGGCGGAGCUAAGGAAGACGAGGGCGCCGAGGGCCAGCCCAGCCUCCUCAUGCCUGGGUCCCUGACCGCCAGCCUGGAGUGCAUCAAGGAAGAGGCGCCGCGCUGCCCGCUGGCCGACCAAGCCGCUCAGGAGCCCCCAGGGCCGGCCAGCGCCGACCCGCAGCUAGCGCCCCCGCAGGCCGCUGAGGCGGUGCUCCCCCGAGACGAGCAAGAGGUUGAGCCGCAGCCUGCGCCACGCACCCCGCGGGGAGAGGAUCCUCCCGGAAUCCAGCCCCAAGCGAAGGAGAGCCACCCCGAGCCCGCGGAGGGUGACCGCCAAGGGACAAAGGAGGACUCAGCCAUAACAGGUGACAUCCCCAUCGAGCCUCCCCCCCCUGUUGCACCUGAGUGUGAACGCGGCCAAGAGACGGUGGCGGCUGCCCCUGACCCUUCCUCUCUUGAUCCGCCCUCUGAGCCAUCCAUUGACCGUAUUUGUUUGAUGUUUGCUGACGUGACUUCAUUGAAAAGCUUUGACUCUCUUACAGGAUGUGGGGACAUUAUUGCGGACCCGGAGGAUGACGUGGGCAGCGGCGGUGGCAGUGGUGGAGGUGGCAGUGACAAGAGUGCCGCUGGGGUCAGCAAAAUGGGGGCCUCCAAAAAGCCUCCCAGCGUGGUGGCUUACCAAGGAGGAGGAGAGGAGAUGGCCAGCCCUGAGCAGGUGGGGGACACCUGCACUCCUGAGUUUUGGGAUAUGUUGUCACAAACGGAGGAGAAGUCACAGGAAAUACCAGGGGGAACAGAAUCCUCAGAGGCUUCCAAAGAUGGUAGCUGUGCCAGAAGGGUUCAGGAUGGGCCAACAGCUGGGAAGCAUGUUGGCCUCAACCAGAUUCCAGUUCAUCACAACCAUAAAGAAGACCAGAAAAGUAGGGAAAAGGAGCAACAGGAAGCUGUUCCCAGCAGUGAUGAGGGCUAUUGGGAUUCUACCACACCUGGACCUGAGGAGGACAAUACCAGCAAUAUCCAGAAAGAGGUAAUUCCAAGGGACAGCUACAGUGGGGAUGCACUCUAUGAUCUGUAUGCUGAUCCUGAUGAAAACACAGCCACAGUGACUUCUGCAGAAGAAGUCACCUCAGUGAUUUGUUGCAAGCCACUCUCUCCAGUAACAACGACAUGUCCAGUCAAAACCCAUACAACUUCACUCAAGGACUCCAAGAUACCCAUCAGUAUCAAGCAUUUUACAUCACCGCAUGGCAGCCAUGGCCCAGAUACCAGUAACAGCCAUCACAUCAUACACCAUCAGCCUACCAAAAGCGAGAUCCCUAGAACAAAAAUCCCAGUUUCUAAAGUGCUUGUUCACCGGGCCAGUUACCGGAGCUUAGCAGGGACAACAGGUAAAGCAGCCACAUAUCAUGAAAGUGCCAAAAAAUAG